AUGUCACGUCUAUCACUCCGUCUAGGGCUCCUUGGGGGAUUCUCAACCUUCUUAUUUGGUUCCAGCGUCAUCGCUUUGGAAAAUGCCCCAAACGACGGGGAUAUCUUGAAACAUGUCGAUCCUUUGAUCGGUACAGCAAAGGGGGGCCACGUUUUUGCCGGCGCCACCUUGCCAUACGGAAUGGCCAAGGCCGUGGCAGACACGGCGGGCGAGAACCAGGCUGGCUUCGCUUAUGAUACGGAAGUUGUCACCGGCUUCUCGCAUAUGCACGACGAUGGAACUGGCGGCUCUCCUUCAAUGGGCAAUUUUCCCAUCUUUGUUCAGGCCAAUUGUCCACACGAUGAUCUCAACCAAUGCAAGUGGCAACAGUCUGAUAGAGCAUCUGCCUGGGACAAAAAGUCUGUCAAAGCCCGUCCAGGCUACUUUGGCAUUUCCUUGGAAAACGGCGUCCAUGCUGAGAUGACAACGACGAACCGAUCGGCUCUGUACAAAUUUGGGUUCACCAACACCAGCGAAUCACUCAGUCCGCUCAUCCUUCUGGAUUUGAUGGAUCUGCCCCAGUCACGAAGAAACGGAACGGCCGAGGUUGAUCCAGAAACAGGGCGCCUGACAGGAAGUGGUGUUUUUGCCCCCAGUUUUGGCAUCGGGACUUAUAAGUCCUAUGCUUGCGUUGAUUUCAAAGGAGCCGAGCUCCGCAGCACCGGAAUAUGGGCGAAGAACAGGACCAAUAGUGAAAGAAAGACAUUGGAGCUCGGGGCCAACAUCGGGUCUACCGCUUCGGCUGGUUCAUUUGCCAGAUUCCAUGCCCCCGAAGACGGUACCAUUCUCGCCCGCGUUGGCGUCAGUUUCAUCAGCACCCAGCAGGCAUGCUCCAACGCAGAGCGAGAGCAACCUCAUUGGGAUUUUGAAGGCACUGUUUCUGCUGCAGAGUCUGCUUGGAAAAAGAAGCUAGAUGUGGUAUCUGUAGACACGACGGGUGUCUCUUCCGAUCUCCAAACCAUUUUCUGGAGUGGAUUGUACCGAACAAUGAUCAGCCCCCAGGACUAUACCGGCGAGAACCCUCUCUGGAAAAGCGAUGAGCCAUAUUACGACAGCUUUUACUGCAUCUGGGAUUCUUUCCGUAGCAUUCACCCACUACUGACUUUGGUUGACCCGCACUCACAAUCACUCAUGAUUCGAAGCUUGAUUGACACAUACAGACACGAAGGGUAUCUUCCCGACUGCCGCAUGUCGCUUUGCAAGGGUAACACACAAGGUGGCUCCAACGCAGAUGUCGUCAUAGCCGACGGGUAUCUGAAGAAGAUCCCUGGUGUCGAUUGGGACACCGCCUAUGAGGCUGUCGUGAAGGACGCCGAGGUGGAGCCACCAAACUGGGACGUUGAGGGCCGUGGUGGUCUUCAAAGCUGGAAAAACCUCGGAUAUAUCCCGUACCAAGACCACGACACCUAUGGCAAAGGCACACAUACCAGGAGUGUAUCACGAACUGUUGAAUAUGCCUACAAUGACUUCUGCAUCGCCGAGAUGGCUCAGGGCAUGGGGCUCAAAGCCGACCAGGAGAAAUAUACGAACCGAUCAGGCAACUGGGCCCAUGUUUUCAAGGCAGACCAAAAGUCAAGCAUCAAAGGGGUUGACACUGGGUUCACCGGGUAUCUCCAACCCCGAUAUGCGAACGGCACAUGGGCCUACCAGGAUCCGAUCUUUUGCAGCCCACUGCUGAACUUCGAUUCCUGCUACCUAAACCCCGAUGGACACGAGACCUACGAGGGCAGUGCGUGGAUGUAUACCUUUUUUGCGCCCCACGAUAUGGGAUCUUUGAUCAAAACUCUUGGCGGUGCCGAGUCUUUCACCUCGCGAUUGAGUUAUCUCCAUGACUCUGGAUUGCUCUACGUGGGUGACGAGCAGGCAUUUUUGCCUGUUUAUCAAUUCCACUACGCUGGACGUCCCGGUCUCUCUGCAAAGCAAAGCCACUUCUACAUCCCGUCUCAAUUCAACACAUCCGUGAAUGGCCUUGCUGGCAAUGACGAUAGCGGAGCCAUGGGUUCUUUCAUCGUUCUGAGCAUGAUGGGUGUCUGGCCUGUAGCCGGCCAAGACGUAUAUCUCAUUACACCACCAUUUUUCGAGGAAAUCAGCGUUCGUAACGACCUCACCGGAAAUAAUUUGACUAUUCGAAACAUCAAUUUCGAUUCCAGCUACAAAUCUAUCUAUAUCCAAAGUGCCAAGUGGAAUGGGAAGCCGUGGACGAAGAACUGGUUCACCCACGAGUUCUUCACUAAAGGUGGUGUUCUUGAACUUGAGUUGGGUCCUAAGGAGAGUCAAUGGGGAACGCAUAUUGAAGAUCUCCCGCCUAGUUUGAGUGGCUAUGAGUGA